AUGCAGCAAGAAGAAGAUCAGGAGAACGCGCCUGAUCCAGAGGACGAGCACGCCGCCGCGCUGUUGGCUGCGUACACGGCAGCCUCAGAAUCGUCGGGCGCCGGCAAGUUUGAGGAGGCUGUGACGGGAUGGACUCGGGUGCUGGAACUCGACGAGGAGUGCUGCCAGGCUUGGCUCCAGCGCGGCGCAGCGCACGCCGCCCGAGGGCGCUUGAAAGAGGCGCUCCUUGACUUUGAGGAGGCGCUCCAGCGAUGCAGCACCGACCAGGAGCGGUCGAAUGUCCUCUUCUCGCGCGGCUCUGCGCACAGCGACGCUGGGAACCAGAUUCGCGCUCUGGCGGACUUCGGUGAGGUGCUCGAACUUGAACCCGGGCGCGUGGAGGCAUGGCUGAGUCGCGGAACCACCUUCCUCUGCCAGGACAACUGCGAUGCAGCUUCUGCAGAUGCCGAGGCGGCUCUAAAGGUCUCUGACGACUGCGCCGCGGCUUGGGGCUUGCUGGGUGCUGUUCGGCAACGACAGGGCCGAUUCGGCGACUCUGCGGAUGCCUGCAAAAGGGCCCUGGAGUUGGAUCCAGAGCUUGCCUGGGUGGCCGCAAAACUGGACUUGGGAGGCUCUCCUGUCGACAAGGCCGCCGUCGCUGUGCGGAGUACGAACCUCGAGGCGAUUCGCACUUCCCAGAGGUACCCAGGUGUCCGUCGCUACCUUGCAGAAAGCUCCAUUGCAGUGAGAGGCUCCUGCAAGAACGCAGGCGCAGAUCUCACUGAGCUGGACAUCAACGUCGCUCUUCGUGGCACUGGCGCAAGGUCGGGAGCAUGGCCCCGCGAGCUGCAGGGGGACCAGAAUCAGACGCGCGGCAGAAUGGUGCCGAAUUGCGACCAAGGAUAUGUUGACGUAAGCAACGGCAAUGCGUACUUCUGGGCCUGUGCCUUCUUCUGUGACGGCGGUCAGUACUAUGCGCAGGCGAACUGCAUGUGCGCUUGCCUUACACCAGAACAGGCUGCGAAGGCUGAAGAGCUGGGUCUGAUCUACAAGGGCCCACAGCCCUCCAUUACCACUGGCGCGCCUGGGGGAAUUAUCGUCACGCAGCCCCCGACGCGAACGACGGAGCGUGGAGACCCCGUCCAGAAGACUCCCAUCGGCGAGCUGGGCGGUGACGGGGGUAUCGAGCCUCCGGCCGUGGAUGGCGGUUUCAUCCUGCCGGACAGACCAUUAUCGACUGCAGCUCCUGAUGAAGGAGGACCUGAGCCCGCUGGCGUCAGCAUGACCGUCAUCGUGGUGGUUUCGGCUUCUGCGCUCUGCCUUUUGGCCGUGGCGAUGGUCGGAGCAGCUUUCUGGACGGGCGCUCUGAAGCGAAACCCUUCACGCGUGGAAGACUUCAAGUUCGUGGAACCUCCCGUCAUCCUGCAAGACGAGCGUGGGCUUGGCUCCCGCGCGUCCUCGCGGAACUCCUCGGCCUCGCGUGCAGUUGGAGAGGUCCGAACUUCUUCCCGAAGAUCUAGCAAUGCUUCGGUCUCUGUGGCAUCCUACUCACUCAGGGAUGCAGGCAACGGAGCCUUUUACGAUUCGGGCACCAGCAGUACAACCGCCUCGCAAAUGUUGAGUUUCCGACAGGAACCGCCUCCCUGUGGUCCCUUCCACGACGUACCUCGCGGGGGCCCCUUCCCCGAUGCGGCGUGGGCCCACAAGAUGGAUGAUGACGAUCGGGGCCUGGGUGGGCCUCGUAUGAGCAGUCGCAACAGCGCGACCGGUUCCAACCGGCUGAACCCACAGGAGAUCGGAUCACGGAGAAAUAGCAAAACCUCCGUGAAUUCCGUCACUUCGGGUGCUCAGCUCUUGGGCGCUGCAGUUCCCGCAGGGUCACAUGCAGGGUCACACCUGAGCCCGGAUUCCCAAAGCCUUGGGGUCGCCCAUGUUAGCAAAGGAAGCGCAGGCGGCAGCCUGUCCUGGUCCAACAAACUGAGCCCAGAGGACAUUGGGUCGCGGCGUCACAGCAGGACAUCUGCACACUCGGAAACCGUCGGAGACAGGCCGGAUUCCCGACAUCUGAGCCCCAAUCCGAGUCGAGGAAGUUCCCGCCACGGGUCCAAGCAUUCUGCGCAUUCUCAGGGGCCUUCCAGGGAGUCCUCGCAAGGACGGAACCCGGAGUCCCGUCACGGCAGCAAGAGGUCCGUUAGCCCCGCACGCUGA